AUGACUUCGCUGGACACCGUCAUCACCGAUCGCUCUUUGACCACUCAGGGUGAGACUACCGACCCCGUGGGUCGAAUCUUUCCUCGCCGCAUCGUACCUUGGGGAGAUUUCGCAACACGUCAAGAGGAGAUUUGGGAUGCACUUUCGACAAGCGACUCAUUCUUCUCCAACACCGCCUUCCCCUCGCAGCAUCAGAUGGAAUACGUCAAGUCGCUGCUCAGACCCAUUAGCAGUGAGAUUGGGCUCCGAGAUUUCGAACGCGAUGUUGUUGAGAAUGCCGUGGAGAAGUUGAUCCAGGCGGCAUCCGCAGAUGCACUUCUGCAACGCCAACUCGGCAUCCGCGGCAUCGUGACGUUUGAGAGUCACACAAAUCUAGGAUCCGACCAAGAUACAAUCUCCCAGCCAACGGAACAUAUGAGCCUGGGCAGCAGCGAUGAUGGCCGCUCUGCCGCGGCAACAGCUCCGAAUUCCCGUACGGUACCCAAAUCCCGUCGAAAGGCGAAGGGGAGGGGCAAUCGAGCGGACCAAUUCUGCAUUUACCGAACCUCGGACGGUCAAAAAAAUCCCUCUGUGGCGAUUGAAUACAAAGCUCCUCAUAAGCUGACUGUUGAUGAGGUUGUGACGGGACUCGAGUCAGCGAUCGAACCAGACCGCGACGUCAUCAACCAGGAUGGCGAGGGCUUCUCCCACUACGCUCGACGGCUCCCAGCCGCGGUUGUGACUCAGCUGUUCUCCUACAUGAUCGGCAAGGGCAUUCCGUACGGCUAUGUCUGCACAGGUCAGGCUUUUGUCUUCCUUCAUAUCUCGGACGAUCCUUCUACCGCCUACUACUCAGUCUGCAUACCCAAGCUGGACGUCAUGGACGAGGAUGAAACGAGACUCCAUCGCACAGCCGUUGCACAAGUCUUUGCCUUCAUCCUGCAAGCUCUUCGCUCGCGGCCACCCCCUGAAUCGUGGUACGAUGAAGCGGAUAGACUUGGCACCUGGGCUGUCGAAUACGACGACAUCCUAUACAGCAUUCCCGCCGAGGAGCGCAGAGGCAAAGGCAAAGACGCUCGGUUUUCUCCUUACAGACCUCAGCGCUGGAAGGGUUUCGAGAGGUCCCCGAUUCGCACCAGGUCCAAAGCAUCCUGUCAGGAUACAGACCUCGACAAGGCCCAUGCAGAUGAUGGAGAGCCGCCGUCUCCUUCCCUGGAUCCGCGAAGCUCGAGCUCGAAAUCGAAAUCUGUUUUGGAACCUGCGGCUGCCAAGGAGGCUGGGGAUCGUGCCAGCCGCAGAGGUCAAGCACGAGGGAAGGGUCCGACACGAGAGCAGAACAUACAAAGCCGACCUUUCUGCACUCAGGCAUGUCUCAAGGGUCUGGCACAUGGUGGGCCAGUGGAUGAGCACUGCCCAAAUGUGAGAAGUCACGGGAAGGACCACACUGACAGGUCCUCGUUUCCCUCUCUCGUACGAGACCAGCUUGCGAGAGACCGUGGCAGCGAUGCGGAUUGCGUGUCGAUGUAUCGAUCAGGGGCACGUGGCUCGCUGUUCAAGGUGCGAUUGACGUCCCACGGCUAUACGCUCGUUGCCAAGGGUAUGCAGAGGGCUCAUGGACAAUUCCUGCGCCACGAGAACGCGAUGUAUGACCGGCUCAUCCGCAUCCAAGGAACGCACAUCCCAGUGUGCGUCGGAAACGUGGAGCUGGUUCUGCCAUGGCAUUGCGACGGCCGCGUCAACUUUCAUUUCAUGUUUCUCAGCUGGGCCGGCCGACCCUUGCUCGACUGUCCUGGCCGGCUUGAUGAAGCAGCAGUCGCCGAUGGGGUUGCCAAGAUAUUCACGGCCAUGCACAUACUACGAGUCCUCCACCAUGACGCGGAGCCACGAAACAUCUUGUGCGAUGAAAAUGGCAGUCUCGUGGCGGUAGAUCUGGAACGUGCAAAGUUCCACGAUCGCCCACCGCUAGGCGAUAUGAGCCCCAACAGUCGGACCCGGAAGAGGAGACGAGGUAUCGUCAAACAACCGAGGGAUGAGUUCGCACGAGAGCCUUCAGAUGCUGUAGAGAAGUGUUAUCGGGUAAUCAGAUCGAGCCGCAUCGCCGCUGUCCCAUCUGAAGCUCUCGAAACCCACGAAGACAUGAUCUCAGAUACGGCGAGCGACCUCGGUGGUCAUCUGAGUGAAGUCCAGUAG